AUGUGCUUCCUCGUCGCGAAGUUUGAACGGAUUCGGCUAUCUCAUAUCUGCGGUAUUCGGGUUGGAAUUUACGUUACUCUAUACGCAAAGGAACGUUCGGGGGUCGGGACAGUGCAGUGUGCCGAAGCGGCUUUGCACCUGGUUAGAGGUCAAAUAGCGCGAAAGGGCCCUGGAACUGCCGAAUGGACACUCGCCACCUACAACCUCCAUCUGAGUAACCAGACGAAGCCGCGAAUCGAUGGGAAAGUCCUCCAGGCGUGCAUUUGCAACACCCCAUGUCUUCUGCGCCGAUUAGGACUGCAGGGUCGCGGCAUAGGAGAUACAAAGCGACCCUCGCCUGCAUCACGUGUCGCCGACGCAAGCUUAAGUGUGACAGAGCUCGUCCAGACAAAAGGCCCUCGAGAGGAGUUCAAAUACGUCACCCCGAGCUCUCAGAGUCGUGUGCAGCCUCCGUUAACACCGCACCUACCGACUCCUUCGGCGUCGACAUUUUCCAUACCAGAACCAUCGGACGUGCAUGAAGAUGCCAUCUAUGAGAAUUUGAAUGAAAUCGUCGGUGACGAUGUCAAUGAAUUUCCCUCUGUAGUCAAGUCCACUAUCAACACUAGACUCGGGCUUCCGUCCUGCAAAAAGCGAUGCCCAAUACCCCUCGCCGAUGCGCCGAUGUUUGGAUCUUUAUCAAUUAUGCAAGAUCUAGGUGGUGAGUUCAAUCAGACAGAUGAUGUGUUACCACUGCGCAAACAGGCCGACCGGCUGGUCUACCUGUAUUGGCACUAUCUGGGGCCCCUAGAGCUUCUUCUUGACGAGAAGCAACUUCACCGCUCCUACGAAACGUUCUUCACCGGUGGAGAGCUCGACGGGGAUGCGCCUGCAAGAGUCAACGCCAUCACAGCCGAGGAAAAAUUCAAGUACGACGUUCUUUCUCCGUACCUGGCGCUUACUACGUCCGGAGGCGAUACUCUGGGGUGCUGGGUCAUUGGAACUUGUUCAAUGCCUGCUUCUAAUCAGUCGCUAUCUGCAGUGUACCAGAAAUCUACAUCAGACGAGGAUGGCACUGGGUUUAGCGUUUUGAUCAAGGGGUUUUUGGUAGAGAUGGACCUUCACAACACAGGGCUUGGAGGUGCUGUGUGUUAUUGGACAGAAGCCUAUCAUGGUCACUCGAACGGCCUCCGACCACCCUCACAGCCCCAUUUUCCAACCCUUCCCAACAUACUGAAGCAAGCCGACAUGAUACUCAAUCUCUCGGUUUUAUUUCUUAACAAAAUGGGAAAAGUCGACGAAUUGACCAGCUACAUACUCUCCUCGCAGCGAAGCAACAGCUUGACAGACAGCUUAGGACUGCUCUCAUUGACUCCAUCUUCCGACUCAAAGGUUGUAUCACGGCUAGACGCCUGUUUGACUGAAUUGAAGAAAGAGCUUCCGCUUCCCAUACUACUCAAUUCCAGUCAAAAUGAUGCCGCCUCUGGGCCAUUGACCUUACUUCACUUUCGGCUCUCCCAUGCCCGUAUUCUCUUAUUUCGGCCAAUGCUCGCUCGUCUCUGUCUAUCAUGUUCCCAAACAAGCGACUUUGUCAAUGGAAGCCUAGAAUAUCGUAUGUUACAACAGUGCGCCACUCUCUGCAUAGAAAGUGCUCGAAACAUGAUCACCCUUGUACACGACAGCGCUGUGUUAGACCAGCAUGGUAUUGGUGUCCUACCUUGGUGGAUUCGCAUUUUCUACUUCUACAUCGCAAUUCAACACCUGAUCGCUUCAAUGCUGCGCCCGGAUAUUUUUGCCUCUACAGUUCCAGAGGCUUGGGGCACCGCUAUGUGCUAUGGGCCUUUGAGCCAAUCGGUCACUCGAUGUAUGGCAAGUUUUCCGUCUAUGUGGCAAAAGGUCAUAGAUAUCAUCUGUCAAGAGACCCUAGGGCAAUGCUCUCCGCCUAAGGUUGAAGACCAGGUUUUCCAGGAUUUUUUUGAACAUCUGGGCUUUGAUAUCGAUCUGCCUACCUUUGACUUAGAUAAUGCGGCGUGGCUGGGAAACGUGGAUUGGUUUAUAUGA